AUGGAUGAGGAUUGGGGAAGUAACCAGCCGGACGAAACCUGGUACGUCGACGAGGUUGAUCAUAUGACAAGGAGUGGACGAUAUUUCAAGCCUCCACAUCUAGAUCAGCCAAAGGCGUUUGGGAAGGAUAAGGAAGCUGAAAAACAGAAGGGGAAGCUACUUGAAGAUGAGGCUGUGCUCAAACAGCUUAAAAAGAUACAGAACUUAUUCACUGCUGGAACCGAUACAUCAUCAAGCUCAAUAGAAUGGGCACUCGCUGAAAUGCUCAAGAAUCCAAAAAUCCUCAAGCGGGCACACCACGAGAUGGAUCGAGUCAUCGGAAAAAACCGGAGCCUAGAGGAAUCCGACCUACCCAAACUCUCAUACUUACAAGCCAUAUGCAAGGAAACAUUUAGAAAGCACCCUUCAACGCCUCUGAAUCUUCUCAGAGUCUCUGCUGAAGCUUGCGAAGUGAAUGGUUAUUACAUCCCAAAAAACACUAGACUCAGUAUCAACAUUUGGGCCAUAGGCCGAGACCCUAAUGUGUGGGAAAGGCCAUUAGAAUUAAUUCCUGAGAGAUUUUUGAUUGGAAAGAAGGCAAAGACUGAUCCGCGUGGAAACGAUUUUGAGCUGAUUCCGUUUGGUGCUAGGAGGAGGAUCUGUGCUGGUACUAGAAUGGGGAUUGUUCUUGUUAAGUACAUUUUAGGCUCUUUGGUUCACUCUUUCGAUUGGAAAUUGGCUGAUGAUGGAGUUGAGCUGUAG